GUCACCACUUCUCCCUCCUUGAGAAGUAAAGCUCCCACAACUUUUUCACCUUUUUGUUGUUGCUCCCCAGAUCUUCGUGGCAAGGACCCAUCGAAAGUCACCACCACCACUAGGCUCUGUGCUCGCUUCUUUUAAAAUUGGCACCCACUUCUCAAAAGGGGCCAUCAGUCUCCAGGACCACCAGCUCUAAUAAACUUGUCGGCUAAGAGAAAUGAACCACUGUUCAAGGAGGGCUUGACAUUGCCACCGGCCAGCCAGAGCUAGAGAAAACUGAUAGACAGACGUCGUUGUUGUCUGAUCUUGAAUUUCUUACACUUCCCAUUUCCCAAGUUCGAUUUGAAGUCGAACCCAUUGUUGUUGUCAUACAGUUACGGUUGUAUGCGCGCCCAACAAGCAAAAAACAGAAAAACAGAACGGCACUGGAGGCUUCUUUUUCCCUUCUAAUCCACAACCACAACAACAACCCACGUCACGGCACUGGGCAUAUUUUAAACACCACCGACUUUCCAGCCCAUGUAUAGUUCAAAACCAGACUGAGAUACUACAGCAGAAACGAUAUAAAGGAAAACCCGUUACUACCGUAUGAUGCCCACGAUGCAACCGGCGUCGGCGGCAAUAAAUCCAUCGCCGCCCGCGACGGCUUCAUUUUCUUCUUCUCUUGCUGCAGACAGCAACCAGCCGACUCUCCUCAGUCUGCCACCCGAGGUGAGAAAUUUGAUCUACCGCUUCGCUUUCCAACAACCCGAGCCUUUGCGCCUACGAUGCCCCUCGCAACGACGGUUACGCCCAUCGCGACCGCCUAAGGACGACCCUCGGGCCUUUCUGGAUACCUGCCACCUCGUGCGCUCCGAGGCUUUGUGCUUGUACUACAGUCUCAACUCGCUUGUUUUUCGCUCGACUGAACAUUUGCUGUCGUUCAUCGCCGACCCCGAAAUCCACCCAUGCAUCAAAUCCUCUCUCGCCCACGUCGCCGUCGAUUUUGGUGACGCGACCGACGCCGACUCCAUCCUCAAAGACCACAUCGUCCUCGUCGACACGUGCGUGGGCAGCUUGCCGCGCCUGAAGGCCCUGGAAACCCGCUUCUACGCGCGCACGAUGGACUCGUGCUCGUUGCAGCAUUUUCAAACUCUGGCCCUCGCGCUGGACGGUCUCGACGCCGAGAUGAACGCCUCGCCCUCUCCGAGAUCGUCUCGCUCGUCGCGCAGUUCUCGACAAAGUUCGCGACAGAGUUCCAUUUCGAGCCGCGCGACGUCGCCCGUCUCCGAGGCCAGCAGCAUCUGUUCCAGUCCGAUGGAACUGGUUUGCGAGCCCGAGUCGAUCAAGCCUGUAUCCGAACAGCCCGAGCCAGAGUUCGACAUGUCGGCAAUCCAGGCCGAAGUGCUGGAACAGUAUUGUUUCACCCCUUCGGCAGCGGUGGCCUUUGCCUCGUCCAAGCUCAAGUUCUCCGUCGCCGCGUCUUCGCACGUCUACCCCGGCGCCAAGCACGAUAAACUAAUAUGUUACAAUCUCCGCAUCAGCGCCGACGGGGUUCGUAGCGCCCUGGGUGACGCGAAGGAGGCUGUCGAACAGCGCCUUGAGCGUGUCGGCAUGCUUCCUAGACGGCUCAGUGAGAUGUACGACGUCGCUGCCGACGGUGGAUUUCAUCAACGCGUACGCGCCACCCUCGCCUCUUGUGCUAGGAUUGAUGUCGGCGUGUCGUGAAGCCUUGAUUAUACAUCAACAUCAAAACAAUACCCGACCGGAGUUCCAAUCUGUCACUUCUCCGUGCUUGGAGUUUCGACAUUCCCGGAGCCAUUGGUCACAGCCUCGAAAAUUCUCGGGGGCCAAAAACAGCAACUGCGCCGUCUUCGAGACAUGACAUUCAGAACUCGCGGGGGGCCUUGGAUACCCGAUAUCUGGGUUCUGGCCCCCGCGAGGCUGAAUGAAAAGCUAAUCGCCAAGUGCCAAGUUGCCAAAAUCUCAGGCCACCCUCAAGGCAAACUGAAAACUCUCUGGCUCCCCCGACCUCCGACCUCCGUUACUCCGUGGUGGGGUGGGUUGUUGUCGUUGUGGUGUUGUCUUUUUCGGUGAUGGGGGCUGAGAAAAAGAAAAGUCCGGACAAGGGUUUUUUUUAAUUAGCUCAGCCCUGGCAUGAUCGACCGCAAGGAACAAGGCGAGAUUUACAACACCACCAAAAGAGGCAAUAAUGGCCAAGUGCCAGUCCUCGUACUCGUACUCGUAUUAUUGCGGAGUACGGAGGAUCUUGUACAGCUGUUUCUCUGUCCUUAUACUUCCUGACGAUUCUCCUAGUCGUCCUUUCUUGUUUCUCACGGGGAGGGAGAUUUUUUUUAAUUGGUUUCUUUUUUCAGAUACCCUCUACACGGAACCAGGACUCUUUUUACUGUAUGUAAUUCAUAGUGGUAGUACCUUUUCAAGGUUUUACGAGAUGACGAAAAUGAGAUAUGAUCAUGACCUGCC